AUGGAUUAUGGAAAUCAAACUUUGGUGAUUGAGUUUUUUUUUGUGGGCUUAACAAAUCGCUUCCAUCACCAGGUUGUCCUCUUUGUGAUAUUUCUCUUGGUUUAUCUCUGCAGUCUUCUGGGAAACUUGGGGAUAAUCGCCCUCAUUUGCAUGGACUCCAGACUCCACAGCCCCAUGUAUUUUUUUCUCAGUCACUUGGCCUUUGUGGAUGUCUGCUCCUCUUCUGUCAUUGGUCCCAAGAUGCUGACUGACAUCUUUGUGGAGAAAAAAGUUAUCUCUUUCUUGGGUUGUGCUGCUCAGUUAUGGUUUUUCCUUCAGUUUGAGUUGGUUGAGUGCUUCCUGCUGGCUUCCAUGGCAUAUGAUCGGUAUGUGGCCAUCUGUAAGCCCCUGUUGUAUACACUCACUAUGUCCAAGCAGGUCUGUGUGCAGCUGCUGGUAGGGCCUUAUAUCAUGGGCCUUUUAAUUGCCAUGACCCAUACAACUUUCACCUUUCACCUGCCUUACUGUGGCCCCAAUGUCAUCAAUCACUUUUUCUGUGACCUUCUUCCAGUUCUCUCCCUGGCAUGUGCAGAUACUCAGGUCAAUCAAUUUGUACUUUUCAUCUUGGCUGGAGCUCUAGGAGUACUAAGUGGUGUGAUCAUCUUGGUCUCCUAUACUUACAUUGUCUUCACUGUUGUGAGGAUUCACUCUGCUGAUGGGAGGAGCAAGGCUUUCUCCACCUGCUCUUCACACCUGACAGCAGUCUCCAUCCUUUAUGGGACACUCUUCUUUAUCUAUGUCCAUCCAAAUUUUAGUUUCUCCCUGGACAUCAACAAAGUGGUUUCUGUGUUCUACACAGCAGUGAUUCCCAUGUUGAAUCCCCUCAUCUACAGCCUGAGAAACAGAGAGGUCAAGGAUUCAUUCAGAAGAGCAUUUCAAAGAAAGAAGUUUCUCAUGGGUAGGUAA